AUGGCUGAAGAUGGUUCUGGCGUUCUCGAGGCCCUGCAGUCGCUUCACGGACUCCUGCUCUCCGUCGUCGACCGGCCGAAAGAUCAGCGCCUGGACUUGCCCCAGGUCAUAGGACCGUCGCUUGAUCUUCUCGGAGACAGAAUCGCAGCUUUCCUGGACAAGCGCGCAAGAAGCAAGACCAGCCGCGAUGCUGUCAUCUCGGGAACAAUACAAAUCGAUGGCGAGGAGUACCAGAUCACGAAAGAGUUCCAGGAGCUCGCCCUGCAAGUCGCCGAUGAGAUCGAUCUUGACGAGUUGGAAGCAUCGCGACUGAUACUAGAGACGGAAGACGACGAGCGCUUGCUCGGCCGACCGCGGCGAGAGUGUGCCUUGAUCCGCUUCCAUCAGCAGAGAAAAUACCUGCUCGACUGUGUGCGUCUCCUUCUUGAGUUGUCCAAGAUCGAUGAGGUCCCGGAAGAGGUCGAGGACUGGUUAGGAGCAUACGUUGCCGAACUCAUCUUGGGCAGUGUGCCUUCUGCAAAGGCCAGUAAACUCAUACCCCGAUGCAUGGCCGCCAUGCGUGACAUUCGUGCUUGGCAACAGCGUAUCACGGAUCAGGUUGCAAAAGCAAACGUUCUCGGCCAGGCGACGUUGGCCGAAUUUCGAGAAACAAUCGAGUUCUCCCGCAUCAGCCUCGUCCAGCAACACGAACUUGUGGCCGUCAUUUUGUCGUAUGCAGUCGAAAAGCGUGUCGCCACGGCCCAAGAUUUCAUCGACUUUUUCGGCCUCCUCAAGAACAUUGACCGGUAUGAUUCGUUUACCAUUCACUUGUUCCCGGCUCUGGGAUCUUUUAUCACAAUGUUUGGUUCGACCGAGGGCAACGGCGACUUGACCCAAGCUCGAAAGCUCAAUGAAACUGUGUGCAAGCAGUCCGAUGACGAUCCCCGUUCUAUUCCUUACUUUCGUGCUGCCGUCAAGUCUUGGUGGCUGGCUGAAUACAGCGGCUGGUAUGUCGAUGAUGCAGCUGGAUCUCAGCUCCAAGGCAUCGAUAUCGACGCAGAGGAUGCCCAGAGGGCGAGGAUCUUCACUGAAGCUCUCAAAGACGGUGCCUUUGAUCUGCUGAUGGCCGUCGUUGCAGACGUACAGUCUUCAGACUGGCAAGACCCGGCCCGUAUAGCCAUUCGCCAGUGGCUCCAACGUAAAACACCACCUCUACCUGCUGACACGUAUUCAUUCUCGGAUUUUUUCCAAAAGGCACUUGCGAGCCAGGUUGAGAUGUUUGUCGAUGCUUUCAUUUCCAAUCUGCCCGACAUUCUCCGAAAAUUGCGAGUGGAAGAAGAUGAACAGCGCCAAAUGAACCAUGCGCAGGAGCAGGAUGUUGACUUGGAGAGAUUCUUAAUGAUCAUUGCCUUUUCAUAUGAAGGCCGCCCAGAAGCAGCGGAUGCAUUCUGGGGCGACCCCGACAGCCAUCUAGCGGGAUUUCUUCAAUGGGCAUCCAGACGCGCCUCUACGCCACUUGUCAGUGCUUUCUGUGAAAUGCUGCAAUCCCUCUCCGAGGACGCUGAAUCGGCCACCUCGGCGCACGAAUUCUUGUUGGAUGACGGAUUUCAUGCGUCUGGAAAGAUGCGGAAGAACCUGUCACUUACUUGGCCCCAAAUCUUUAAAGAACUGGAUUUCUUCACUAAAAAGAUUCGCGAGAAACAAAAUGCACCACCGCAACCUCAAGGUUUCAAGGCCGGGAGAUUCAAUCAUGAGCCCGUUGAGGCGGAAUUGGAAUCAGCAAUGAUGCUCGAGUGUUACCUUCGGCUCAUUGCCAAAGUCGCUUCAAACAGUGAGGCGGCACGUCUGUUCCUCCUUGACCACCAGAAUCCCAACCUACUCGACCUUGUCUUCACCCUGGUUAGUAGCCAUGUCCCUGGACGCCUGAGAGCAUGUGCAUUCAACGCAGUCAGCGCCCUGCUCUCACGGAAAACUCUGGAGCAGAGCUUUGCCAUUUGGAGUGAGCUUGAUGCUUGUCUUAGCGGGGCCUUUAUUCCGCCUAGCACUAGCAAGGCCACCGCAAUUCCUCAGUCUCCAGCUCUGAUCAUGGAGUCUCUUUUUGAAGAAAUGAGCCCGCGCUUUGAGGAAGUAGGCUCCUUCAUCCAGCUGCUCUCGGCCUUGUCGUCCCUUCCUGAAGGAUAUGAAUUGAGGGACACGCUACCAUUUUCGGAAAGCCUGGGCGCUGCCACCAGAGUCCGUCCUGGUAUUGAGCCGUUUAUUGAUUUUGCGUUGGGUCACGUAUUUGGCAUUAGGUCGCAGGACUCUUCAGAUGUCCCCCAACAGCGCAUCCUACGGUACCAGUGCCUAGAAUUCGCACUCACCUGCCUCACAAUCUUCAACGAGGAUCUGAUCAUAUUUGCAAACGAGACGACGAUCCCUGUCGACUCUGCCAUUGCACCAAAAGAUCUAGCAACCUACGUGACACUUCAUCCAUUCGCACGAGUCAUGGAUUGGAUGUAUGAUGCAACUUUUAUGAAGACACUCCUCAGCACCAUUCACCAAGAACCAUCCGACGUUGGCAGUGCAGCACCGGACUCACCACUGCUUCUUAGCAUUCUUCGGGCAGUGGAACUCAUCACCAAGGCCCUGGAACUGCAACCGACAUACUUGAAUCUUGUUCGGCCUUUGGUGAAAUCACAAUCACGAGCCGGCGGCCGAUCCAUGUUUACGCCACUAUCAAAUUUCGCAUUUGGAAGCAUCGAGGAUGGCCUCAUGACGAGUUUGAACAUCAUCUCCGACCUCGGCAGUUACUGCGGCAUCGGACAUACUGAUCUCACACUUGCAAGUUUGAAGUUGCUGCAAAAGAUCUCUACCUCGUCCAUAAUCAUCUCUGCAUGGCAGCACGGGUCGGAAAGGCCAUCUCGCCGCAACAAGGCGAUCGUGGCUUUGGAGGACAAUGGGUUCGCCGAGUCUAUCGCGGGGUCAUUUAUUUCCGAGAUGGGAGCACCUCUAGACAUGUUUAGACAGGCAGAUUCGGCGAGCUACCAAACAAAAGUCUACAUAUUAGACUUUUUGUAUUCUUGCAUUCGGGCGAAUCCUGAUCGGCCGACGGUAGCUCACCUACUACUGGGCUUUCACUGCAAUGCAACCACAAUCGACAUUGCUCCCGGCAGUCCCUUUACCCAGGGCACCUCCUUGUUUCAUUCAAUUCUCGGAAUACCUGUCGAACUUCCCAUCACGGACGAGCAGGGAUGCGUCCGGACGUGGCUCAUUGAUCUCAAGUACAAGGCUAUGCGCAUAUUCCAGGCGCUAUGGUCCUCCCGCUUGUCGUCUCAGCUCGUCCUCGACCAGUUGAGGGAGAAUGAUUUCUUGUUUCACCUUUUGCUGCAAGGGCUAGUUGUACAGCCAAGCUCAUUGUGGGAUGGAUUGGAGCCGGCAGGACCAGAUUUCCUCAUUGCUCCCGCUUCGCAUGGCUACGUAGACUACCUCUCAAUUCGGGCAAUGGCUUUGGAAUACAUAACCCACGAGGUGUGUAGCGUGUCGCAAAGUCAAUUGCCUGCACUCAAGAGGCGAGUUUUCGACGCUCUUAGUGGCCAGAUUCCCGUGGACGGUGGCGAAGCUAUCCCAGUUGCCUCCAUAUUCGAAUUCCACGAUUUCCUGCCGCAAGAAACACAAUUUGUCACCGACCCCCCUGAGCUCAAGACAUACAGAGAUCUUGAUAUCCGAGUCUGUCUAGAGGCCGACGUAGAUGGGGAUGCCUUGUACAACUUGAACAGGGUCAAGGAGAUCAUACAUCUGAAGAGAAACGCCACCCAAUUGCCAGGCCAAAUCGUAUCGCAGCAAGACUUGGCUCCUAUUGAAGUGGAAGAAGAGCAAAUACAGCUAUAUGCUGCGUAUCUGAAUCGUUUCAAACAGGUCAAUACCCGCAAUCACAAAGUCCUAAACGCAUGGACAAAGCUAUUGAUGAUUAUGACCGAAACCAAUGAUUUCAAGGGCACCAACAGGGUGUCAUUCAUCUUGCAAGUCCUGCAAGCUAUCCUCCCAAGCCUCGAAAUGUAUGGAUUGGAAAAUCCCACUGCGGCCUUUGAACUCGUUCGGUUAGCCAAGGUUCUUAUCUUCAACCUGGACUUUAGUUUGAUGUCUGGCGGCGACAAGCAGAGCCGGGCUAUUGGCAGCCUAGUGAGCGACAAGCUUUUCCAGCUCUUCCAGAUUUCUCUCAACGCUGUCGCCAAAUGGUCUGGCACUGCUGAGCUACGGACGCUUUACUACAGCAUAUGCUACCGUUACAUUACCGCUCUUGUUGACCACGGAUCGGGCUUAUUGUCAGGCCGCCAGAAGACGGCCAAGACAAUUCAAGUAUUCGGCGAAAGGCUCAUGAACGUUCUAUGCGACGACGCUUCCGGCGGUGACGCUGCUUGCCAGACCGCAGCUCUGAUCUUGCUGGGUACACUAGUCAACCUGGGAAGAAACGAAAGCGACAAUUAUGUCGUCGAUAUGCUCAAUCGGCUCAACUUUAUUGGCGUUCUCGUCGACUCAUUGCGCCACCUCAUGGAUGACUGGAUGCAGGUGAAUGGAAGUGGAAACUCUGAUCAGUUAAACUACCAAAACGCCAAGCUUGCGCUCCUGUUGCAAUUAUGCCAGACACGCGAGGGCGCCAAGAAUGUCCUGCAUGCCAACUUGUUCCGCUCCAUAGAAGCAUCGGGCUUGUUUGCGGCGGACCCAGAGCUGCAAGUCGACCCAUCUGACUACAAGGCACUCGAGAAGCAUUACGCCCUGCUCGUCAAGGUAUCGCGCAUAAUCGGAGCCGCUAUCGUCAGCCGCGGGUCUCACAACGUCGGGCAGGGUAGACGAUUCCUGACUGAGCAUAGAAUGCUGGUUAUGCACGUGCUCAAACGAUCAGCAGGAAUCGGUAAUGGCACUGGAAAGAUGGAGGCAGUGCUGGACGAUAAGAUUCAAGAUCUGGCCGAGGCACUAAUGGUGAUCAUUAUGGCCACUGGAUUCCUAGAGUUUGAGAGCGAGGCAUAUCAGCCUCCCGAGACCACCAGCACACCGGUGCUUUUCCAUUGA